AUGAGUGGGACAUCUACUUGGAUCCAAUUUAACAAUUAUACUCGAGAAACCAACACUGGUGUUAAAAUACUCGAGAAUGUCUCCUUCUCUAUUCCUAAAAACAAAACAGUCCUUCUAAUUGGUCUUAGUGGUGACGGAAAGACAACAUUAAUGAAUGCAAUCUACGGACACUGCGAUUCUGCCUAUCGAACGUAUGGGAGUGUGCUGACACCAGCAAAGGACGGCGAGCAAAUGGUCCCAAGAAAUGUAUCCGAGUGGUUUAAAGAUGUAAGUUUCUGCCGACAGGACUUGUGGAAGUACGGCAAGAUUUCCAUGCACACUAUUCUCUGCUCAAUUGCGGCUUGCUACGGAAUAUGUCGCAAGGAGGUUGACUCGUUGAUUGCGGAGUUCGACUUAGUGCGGCAGAGGAAUGUUUCUUUUGAUAAUCUUUCAGGAGGUCAACAAAAGCGAGUCUUAGUUAUUGCUGGGUUGUUGUCCAAGAAGUCUCUAUCUAUUUGGGACGAGCCCUUAUCUGGACUUGAUUCUGUUAUUGCUAUUAAAACACUAUCCACUAUUAAAGGUGCAUGUGAUACUUCUAUUAUGUCUGUUCACCAACUCUCAGAGGAGAUUAUCAAGUAUUUCGACUACACCCUCAUUAUGUACAAGAAUACUGUGAUCUAUAGCGGGCCCAUUGACCAAAUCGUGUCGUACUUUACCCAGCGGGGAUUGGUUUUGAAGAGUGAAAUGUUCUACAUCACUUAUCUCCUGCACUUGUUCGCUAAUAAGGAAGAAAGUGAGCAGGACCGGGCGAACAUUGUGCAACUACAGAGCAUCUAUCAAGGGAUAGUUGGUCAACCUCAAGGCAGACAAACUCCCGGGAACAUCGCGUGGGUGCCUUUUGGUGCACUGCGCUGGACAAACGUGAAGGAGAUCUUCUGUCGUUCCCUCUAUUUCUCCAAGACCUUCAAACUCCGGCCCUUAUUAACCGAAUUAUUUGUCUAUCUCUUCCUUACUGUCUUAUUCCUAUUGUUAAACAGGAGCGGAGCACUGUUUGCGGUCCAUGGCAAGACUGCCGCUGAGGCAGACAGGCACGUUGGCCGGUUUAUCAGUGAACUCGCCGACCAGUUGGUCCCGAAUUCAGGUGCCACCGAAUCCCAAGCCAUUAAUCGGUUUGUUCUGUGUGGUUACUUAUCUUUGUUCCUUAGAUUGUCAGUUGUGUUUAGUUUAGCCGGCUUUGUAUCCAGUUGCUGUACCUUGAACAAGGACUUUACUCGAAUCUUGCGUACAAACAUCACUGAUGGACAGUUUACCACUCUGGAGUUCAUUAUGACGGUCUUAAUGGAAAUCAUAGUUCGUAAAGUGCUGAUGAUGUUUGCUGCUUUGGUUACUUUUUUCCUAUACUGCUCAACCCAGACAGUCGAUGCUCGUGUGUUUGCUAUCUCGGAAAUCUCGCGGGGCGUCUUUAUCUUUGGCCUUUUCCUGCUCUCAGUACUAGGUGGAUUGGUUCAGCUUGCCAUUAUUCUCUUACCAAUAAUGAAAAUGAUCCGCUCCUUUAUUGGCACGAGUUACCUAUUCUCUUGUGUUAUCCUGAUUGACUUAGUUUGGUACAAUUUAGCCCACUACAGUAGCACUAUCGCAUCUGAUUCUUCAGGAUAUUACACCGUGAACAGCAUGGCUGGCAUGCUCAUAGAUGCCUAUCAAGACAAGAACUCGACAACACCAGAUAAGAUCAACACCAUUACUAGGACGACUUACUAUAUAGCACUAGGGCUCCACAAAAUCUACAUCUUCUCUCCCUUUGUCUUCUUUAAGGAAUGGCUCGUUAAACUCUAUCUCUACAACGGCAAGCUACCCUACGGCGGCGAGUUCAAAGGAGGCAAUUCUCUUGUAAUCGAGGAGCUAAACAUGGCAAAGAAGCUCAUUGAAGAUUCCGAACGUAAUGGCCAGAAGAUCUCACUGCCCCCCGCACUAGACCCUCGCAAUCUUCUUAAACAAAUGUCUUCCUCCGUCAUCAAGAUGCCCGCUCACGAACUUAGUGAUUUCAAAACCUUAAUUCCACCAGUCACAGUAUUCACCCUUUUCAAAACAUUCCUUAUCUACUGGUGCCCAAUUAUAAUCAUCUGCACCCUCCUUACGGCUUACAAAUACCGUUGCAUGCAGCCCAAACUACGUUCUUAA